AAUAACGAUUGCGCGUUCUUUGGAAUCUGCGCGUUCGCCCGUAUGCAGCACCAACCGGGGACCUCGUGCUCUGAUCGGUAUAAAUAUUGUACGAUGCACCACUAAUGCCAUCAGUUGAAUCACAGAGUUCUAGCAGUUCAGGCGAGUAAUAUUAGAAAAUUUUGAAAGAUUUCAAACACAAAAUGUUCAAGAUCUGUACCCUGGUUGCCUGUUUGCUCAUCGUUGUAUCGGGCGAGUACUACGUGGAAGAGGGACAACAUGAACUAGUAGAACAUGACGCUUAUCCGAAGUAUAAAUACGAAUACGGAGUUGAAGAUCCCCACACUGGCGAUCACAAGAGUCAAUGGGAACAUCGGGACGGUGAUGUUGUCGUUGGUUCGUACUCUUUGGCCGAUGCUGACGGCACGCAUCGAGUGGUAACGUACAACUCCGACGAUCACAAUGGGUUCCAGGCUCACGUACAGCGAGUAGGACAUGCACAGCACCCACACGGUGAAAGUUAUUCCAAUAUUGAACAGCAUCAUUAGGAUGCAGAAGUGUUUGAGCGAGGGGGAAAUUGUUAAUAAAAGUUCUUCGAUCACUCGAAUCGGCUGGAAACAUUUUAGAAAUGUAAUUUAAUCUAGGUCUAAUGACCAUACGUAUGUAACCUGCAGGAAGUGUGAAAUAUGCACUGCUAUAGAGAACUGAUGAAAUUAUUGUUGAGAUGCAAAUCUGUUUCGGAUUGUUAGUUUCGACUAUUACGAAAAUGGGGUAAUUUCUAGAUUGUAGAACGAAUACAAUGGGUUGUUCUUGAGAGUUAAGGCGAUCUUGUGAAAGAGUUACUGUUUGGAUACAAACUAUAGAUAGCAAAUGCUUUCUCAGUGAUUGUACUGUGA